GAAAAACAUCCUAUGAUUGACCAAAGAAUUCCUGUGCCAAAUGACAUCAACAUUAGACCAACCAGCCCUCCUCGUACAUGUAGUGAAAAUCAAGAAGAGACCUCAGGUGUCAAUGCCAGAGUGAUGAAUACCAGAGAUGUAGGUACCUUUGAAGACCAACCUGAUGUUGUAGAGCCAGUAGAAGCAUGCCUGGCAAGGGAGAGUACAGAGGCUAUAAUGAAAUUAAUUUUAUCCUCAGAGAGCUCAAUUUUUCUAGAGUGGCCAGACAAUGAGAUCCAUAUUGAGGAUAAUUCACUGCAAAGUGAUGAUGAAUUUUCAGAAUACAUUAUACAGUAUAAAUAUGACCAGGAGGCCAUAGCAAUGGAAGACCAAGAAAGUCUGCAGAGUCAUGAUGUCAAAACUGAAAUGGUUGAUAGUGAUGGCAUCUUUGAUAAUGAGUUUCAUGUUGUGUUUUUGGACCAUGUCUACUGUCAACGACCAUAUGUCAAUUUUGGUGAACUUGUAUGUGAAAGAACUCGAGAAAGGUUGGAACGUGAAAGAACUAGAGAAAGGUUCAUCAACCUUAAAGAAGAGUGUAAGCUAAAUCUAACUGAACAUGCCAAUUUUGAAUUAGUGAAAAGGUCAAAAUAUCUAAGGUACGUUGAACUGUAUGAUACAGAAAUUCCAACAAUACAGACUUGCAUCACCAUUUAUGAAAAUUUUCGAGCUGAAAUAAUUGUUCAUGGACAAAAGUUAUCAGACAAUCAUGCUAUAUGGAACACACCUGAACUACCAUCUGAGUUUGUUGGAAUUCAUCAUGUGCAGGAGCUGCUGCAAACAGUCUCUUACUAUACAGUCUGCAUUGGAAAUCCAGAUCCUGAUUUCCUGAACAAUUUGCUGCUUGGUGACUAUGGAAAUAAACCAUCCUCAACAUGUGCAGGCUAUUUGGAAGAAACUUUUGGAGCCUACUACAGAUACUUUUACUAUAACAGAACCAUAAGAUCAAGCAACUGCUCUUUUUUGUCACUUGUAGAAAGGUGUAAGAAUUGCAAAGUUUACCGUAAAUCACUCAUCAACAAGAAAAUCGCCUGAACAUGUUACAUGACGGAAAUAGUGAUUGACGGACGAUGAAAAGAUUAUCAAAUUUAAUCAACUUACAGUUCUAACAAUAGAUUUGAAAAAUAAGAUUAAAACCUUAGAGAAGAAAUUACAGCAAGCUUCAUAAGUGAAUGAUUUUAUAUAUUUAUUAUAUUAUGGUAUCCUAAGGCAAAGUGGUGGAUUUAAAUAUAUAACUCAAUAUUGUAAUAGUUAAGUCGUGCAAUGGUAAAUAUGAGGGUUGCCAGCUCAUAAGCCCUUGUUUCACUCAUAUGAAACACUUGCAGAAAAAUACAAGAUUUUGCUGUGGAAAGUAAAAACCUUUGUCCCACGAAAAAAGGUUAUAACAAGAAACUCACUAUAAUUGCUGUCAAUGCAGAGCAUAAAAAAAUAUUUAAAUUUGAUAUUAAUUUACAAAAUAUAAACAUAACAAAAUCUCUAUAAUUAAAUUUCAUCAAACAUGAAACAUUAAAAGAAAUUAAAGUGUAGUAUAUCUAUAAAGUAUGUCAGUGAAUCUGCUUUUAUUGCAUGACAUGAUUUCAGUACACUUUUGUAGCAAACGAUUUUUCAGAUUGGUUUGUACAUAUGAGUCUACAAAUGCACACAUUUAAUUUGUUCUUUUAGCACUUAAGGCAACAGGUUGACUUUCACAGAUAUUUCCAGUUCUAACUUUUUAGUUAAUGGGCAAUUGAAUGGAGGUAGACAGUGAGAUAUAGUAUAAUAUGUUCACCAAUUGGCUGCUUAACGUCCAGCGGCAAAUUGAUAUGCAUAUUCAGGACAAGAACAUGUUAAUGUGAUAUAAAUAUUAACCCUGCUUUGUACUAGACUGACACCCUGAGCCGGAGUUUUAACAUGCUAGUUCUCAAGGUAACAGUCCACAGGAAGACAUGUCACCUUACCUGGACACAUUAUUCUGACUCCGAGCCGACCAGUCUUUGCUCUUACUCCUUAAUGCUGCAUGCUUAGCGGAGAAGCAGUAAAUGCCAAUUUUAAAGUCUUUGGUUUGACACGGUGGGGAAUCGAACCCAUGACCUCCCGCACUUGAGGCAAACACACUACUACGAGACCAACGAGGCGGUAUCCAAUAUGAAGUCUUUGUUAUCUGGUGAUAGGCACAGUUGGACCCAAUAGUAUUUUGUCAUGAAGUUGUCUAGAUUGUUUCUGUGAGGGAAACUAUGUCCACAGGAGCAGAAAAAUACAUUUUAGGUCAGCACUUUGUCAGUAGCUGCUUUUGUCAUUAUCAGAGGCGGAUUUAGAGGGUUUUUCAGGGGGCCCGGGCCCCCCUUUUGUUGGAAAAAUUUGGUUGACUAUUUAGGGAAUCACUGAAGCAUGACUGGAGCGGGUCCCCUCUUAGGCAGUCAGUGGGCCCCCCUUAUGAAAAUUUCUGGAUCCGCCACUGAUUAUACUCAUGAAAUGAUGUUUUGUUUUAAAACUUGAAUCUAGUUCUAUGUAUCCAGUUUAAAAAAGGAGGGGUGCUGUUAAAGAAUGAAAUCAACUUGUGCAUUUUGUAAAAAUAAUAUUUAUGUAUAAACAUGAUACAUUGUACUAUUUUGUAUUUAUUCAUUCAUUCACAUACUGAACUUUAACAAAGUUAUAUAGUAUGAUUUAUAUG